CAGCGCAGCCGGCGCCAGGCUUGGGCGCCCGGGGCCGCCGCUCGGAGCUACCGGCUGCAGUCGCUUCCCCCACCGAGGCCAUGGCCGGCCUGAAGCGCUGGGUCACAGUCGCACUGAUGUGGGUCCUGCUGCUGGGAGUGGAGCGCCUGCCGCGCGGGACAGAAGCUUUUGAGAUUGCUGUGCCACAAGGAAGCAGCAUUACAGUUCUCAUAAAGUUGGGGACCUUGACUCUGCCAGCAAAACCCUGUUACAUCAUUAUUUCUAGAAGACAGCUAACUAUAUUGUCCAUCAAAUCUGGAGAAAGACCAGUUUUUACCUUUAGCUGCCAGGAUCCACAGAAUCACUUUGUCAUAGAGAUCCAGAAGAAUAUUGAUUGCAUGUCAGGCCCAUGUCCUUUUGGGGAGGUCCAGCUGCAGCCCCCAACGUCAGUGUUGCCUGCCCUCAACAGAACUUUCAUCUGGGAUGUCAGAGCUCACAAGCGCAUUGGCCUAGAGCUUCAGUUCUCUGUUCCUCGCCUGAGGCAGAUUGGGCCGGGCGAGCGCUGCUCAGACGGAGUCACCCACUCCAUCAGCGGCCGCAUCGAUGCCACCAUGGUCAGGAUCGGAACGUUCUGCAGCAAUGGCACCGUGUCCCGCAUCAAGAUGCAAGAGGGGGUGAAAAUGGCCUUACACCUGCCGUGGUUCCAUCCUAGAAAUAUCUCCGGCUUCAGCAUUGCAAACCGCUCGUCUAUAAAACGACUGUGCAUCAUCGAAUCUGUGUUUGAAGGCGAAGGCUCAGCCACCCUGAUGUCUGCCAACUACCCGGAGGGCUUCCCCGAGGACGAGCUCAUGACCUGGCAGUUUGUUGUGCCUCCGCACCUGCGGGCCAGCGUCUCCUUCCUCAACUUCAACGUCUCCAACUGCGAGAGGAAGGAGGAGCGGGUGGAGUACUACAUCCCCGGCUCCACCACCAACCCCGAGGUGUUCAAGCUGGAGGACAAGCAGCCUGGGAACAUGGCUGGGAACUUCAACCUCUCCCUGCAGGGCUGCGACCAAGAUGCCCAAAGUCCAGGGAUCCUCCGGCUGCAGUUUCAGGUUUUGGUUCAACAUCCACAAAAUGAAAGCAAUAAACUUUAUGUGGUUGACUUGAGUAAUGAGCGAGCCAUGUCACUCACCAUCGAGCCACGGCCCGUCAAACUGAGCCGCAAGUUUGUCCCCGGCUGCUUCGUGUGUCUUGAGUCUCGAACCUGCAGCGUCAACCUCACCUUGACAUCUGGCUCCAAACACACGAUUUCCUUCCUUUGUGAUGAUCUGACACGUCUGUGGAUGAAUGUGGAAAAAAACAUAAGCUGCACAGACCACCGGUAUUGCCACAGAAAAUCCUACCAGCUCCUGGUGCCCAGAGACAUCCUCCAGCUGCCCGUGGAGCUGCACGACUUCUCCUGGAAGGUGCUGGUGCCCCAAGACAGGCUCAGCCUGAUGCUGGUGCCAGCCCAGAAGCUGCAGCAGCACACCCAUGAGAGGCCCUGCAACACCAGCUUCAGCUACCUGGUGGCCAGCGCCAGCCUCAGCCAGGACCUGUACUUCGGCUUCUUCUGCCCUGGAGGCUCUAUCGAGCAGAUCCAGGUGAAGCAGAACGUCUCGGUGACCCUUCGCACCUUUGCCCCCACCUUCCGACAAGAGGCCUUCAGGCAGGGCCUGACCGUGUCCUUUAUACCACAUUUCAAAGAGGAAGGAAUUUUCACAGUGACCCCAGACACAAAAAGCAAGGUGUACCUAAAGAGCCCUAACUGGGACCGGGGCCUGCCAUCCCUCACCUCAGUGUCCUGGAACGUCAGCGUGCCCAGAGACCAAGUGGCCUGCCUGACCUUCUCUAAGGAGCGGACUGGCGUGGUCUGCCAGACGGGGCGGGCGUUCAUGAUUAUUCAGGAGCAGCACACCCGGGCAGAGGAGAUCUUCAGCCUGGAGGAGGAGGUGCUCCCCAAGCCAAGCUUCCACCAUCACAGCUUCUGGGUUAACGUCUCUAACUGUAGCCCCGCAAGUGGCAAGCAGCUUGACCUGCUCUUCUGGGUGACACUUACCCCAAGGACUGUGGACCUGACUGUUGUUGUCAUCGCAGUGGUGGGAGGUGGAACCUUACUGCUGUUUGUCCUCGGACUUAUCAUUUGCUGUGUGAAAAAGAAGAAAAAGAAGACCGACAAGGGCCCCGCUGUGGGUAUCUACAAUGGCAACGUCAAUACCCAGAUGCCCAGGCAACCAAAAAAGUUUCAGAGAGGACGAAAGGACAAUGAUUCCCAUGUGUACGCAGUCAUCGAUGACACCAUGGUGUAUGGGCAUCUGCUACAGGACUCCGGAGGGUCCUUCCUCCAGCCAGAGGUGGACACCUAUCGGCCCUUCCAGGGCACCAUGGGGGACUGCCCGCCCUCCGCACCCCCCACCUGCUCCAGGGCCCCAACUGUAAAGCUGACCAUAGAUGAACCACCCGCUUGCCUCACUCCUGAGUCUGAGAGUGAACCGUACACCUUUUCUCACCCAAGAAAUGGGGAUGUAAGCAAUAGGAACACAGACGUGCCCUUACUGGACACCCAGGAGCCAGAGGAGCCAGCAGAGUAACUCGGACCUAUUGCAAAGACGUGACUGACACGCAUGGAGCAGGGCACUGAGACGCACUUCCGUGUUCCAGUCAGAAGCCCUCGAAGAGGAGUCGUAGGGAAGGAGCAGCGGGUCUUCUAGGACAUCACCAUCGUCACAUUUCUCAGUGGGCUCAUUCCAGUGAUGAGACAUUGAAAAUAGAGAAUUCUGAUCUGGAUACACUCACCACAGUUCACAUCCUUCUAAACUCAGGUUUAAUGAGAGGAGACCUGUGUCAUCCAGCACAGAGUGACAGCAAGCCCUGGAUUCAGAGUGAUAAACAGAGGUUUGCCCUCUUCAGGGGCAACAGUUCCAAUUCCUGGGAACCUGCCCGAGGUCCCUGUUCUCCCUGGGUCUCUGGGUGAAAAUGACACUGUGCCUUUUUAUUAUUAUUAUUUUUUUGUUAGGUGGUCCUGUGUAUGUAUUUAAGAGGUAUGUAUUGUGUAAGCGUGUAGCUCUUUUCACCUGACGUAAGUCACAGCUCCUGCUAACUGGUGCAGAUGCCUAGAUUUAACUUCGACCCACGCUAGAUAAACAUAUGCUUGUCUCCCAAGAGAUGGGAAUAAUUUGCCAUCUCUCCAGCCAGCAAAGGGUGUGUGCUCGGACAGCAUUGAUGCACACUUGCUUUGAUGGGAGACUUCCCAUUCUCUAGUUCUGCAUGUGGUUAGCCCACUGCAGAAAUUCAUCUCAAGUCCUAUUGUCCUUUAGUCCUGGAAAUGAGAGAAAUUUCUGCUGUGUGUUCUUCUCCCAGGGGCAGCAGUACUUUGACAUUUAAACAAAAAUUUAGAGGAGAUUUAUAUCCUUUAAACAUUUUAAAUGUAGAUCAGAGAAUGGCCUCCAGUAUUAGUUUUCUGUUGCCAAAUUUAUUACCUUAUAGUUCUGGAGAUCAGAAUUUCAAAAUGGUUUUCACUGAGCUAAAAUCAGGGUGUCAGCAGAGCUGUGUUCCUGUUGAGUUCUCCAGAGGAAUCUCUUCCCUUGCCUUUUCCAGCCCUUAGAGGCUGCCCACACUCCUUGGCUCCAGCUAUUGGUCAGGUCUUUCUCACAUGGCAUCACUGUCACACUGACUCUCCUGCUCUCCUCUUGAGGUUGGGAGUUCAAAUCCAGCCUGGGCAACAUAGCAAGACCCAAGAUCUACCAGAUUUAAUAAACCGACACAACUCACCAGGAAAAUUGAGGAUAAUCUCCCCAUCUCAAGAUCCUUAACUAUCACACUGAAAAAGUCCCUUUUACCAUGUGAAACAUGUCCACAGGUUGGGGACUUGGACAUCUUUAGGAUGCCAUUGUUUGGCCUACCACAUCUUCCUGCCAAUGGUCCCUCCAGGAGAAGCUACAAAACAAGCCAGCCCACAGCGGUGUUUUGUUUAGCCUGCAGGGUCUUUUUUAAGAAUUAGUUGCUAACAUUUAAAAUUAUAAAAAAUUUACAUAAAAAUCCAAAUGAGAGGAUCUGGCUAUGCUGGCUCACAAUGUCAGCCAAACGUAACUGUCCUGAGCUGAGCAGCAGCUUGGCCUUUAGAUGGGGUGGCCACUUCCUCAGUCCACUGUCCCCAUGGCUCCGUCUCCCAACUCGCUAUCACCUCCGCAGGAGGCUCAGUGUUCACUGCUACCUGUUCCUGCAGGGUUGCUUUUUUUGUACUAAAAAGGAAAGGUUAGGGCUCAAGUCUCUUAUCCAGUGAGAAGACAGACCCUGAGCCUGGAGUAUGUUUGAGAAAGUGUUUCCAUAUAACCCACUUCCCUUAUUUGUAUUGAUGACCAACUAGCGUUAUGGGUCUUUACCUUUGUAACCCCUCCCACACUCACGCCCUAAUCUGGGAGGAGACAGACUGUGCUAUAGCUUAUCUGUCCAUACAGUCCAAAGUUCAGUAUUUCUGUGGCAAAAUCUUCCUUUAAAAAUCAAUGCAGGCUGGGCACAGUGGCUCAUGCCUGUAAUCCUAGCACUCUGAGAGGCUUAGACGGAUGGAUUGCCUGAUCCCAGGAAUUCAAGACCAACCUGAGCAAGAACAAGACCCUGUCUCUACUAAAAACAGGAAAAAAAAUAAAUAAAUGCAUUUCCUUGUUUACAGCAGCUCCACCUUGGAAACGUACCAUCUCAACUUGUUCACAUGGCCUCAGUGAAAAGGACUUUUACAGUCUCCUAAUGUGUACUCCAAAGUCCCUGGAAUGAUUAGCAGAAGGGAGAGGAUUUUUUUUUUUGGCCUUUCUCUUCUGAAAGGUUGACUGCUGCCUUCAGCCUCUUGACCCAAGGCACUGACAAAGCCCCUCCCUCAGAGGCCAGAGGAGGCCCAUGCCUCCCUUCCCUCCACUGAGGAACCUUAUUUGCAAUUGCCAUGUUGGGCCCUGGGCCUCCAUUCUCUCGCUCCUGGCCCCGUUCAAGUACUUCUCAGGUGCCCAUGGGCCACCCACGGCGUGCCUGGUCACCUUUGGGCAGCUACCCAUCACGCACACUACUUCCAAGGGCUCCACAGGGCCAUUCUCUUUUGACUGAGGGUUCGAGACUCUUAGCCAAGUGGUUGGCUCCCGAGACCACAAGUGAAUUCAAUGCUUUCUGAACCUGUGCCUCAGUGAAGGGGCCACGAGUUAUCCUGGCUCUUUAAAACCCACCCCGCUUGUGUAGGAUAUUUCAGGGUCACCGGAAACCAAUCCAGCGCCCUUGUCAAUGCCUACUGUGUGCUGGCACAGUGCCCAUUCACACGAGGCCUGCUGAUGUAGGCCCCCCACGCCCAUCCACGGUGCCCCUGAGGAUGGCCGGUGAUGCCGGGCUGGUCUCCAGGGCUACAGCCCUGGCACAGAGGGAAAGGUCUUGAGGAGUCAAGAGGGCAAGUGCAAGUCCGCCAGACGUAACCCAGGUGAAAGCUAAGGACUGGUUUGUGUGGGUCUGCAAUGUUUAUCUCGAAAUAAUUUAUUCAUUGUAGAUACUUUUAGGUACCACUUUACUCAUUUCCUAUGCGUUUUUAAAUAAAUAUAUAAAAACA